CUAGUAAGAAAGAGAGUCUGCGUGUGAGAAAGUGGCAAUUUCAGGCGCCCCGCACAUGGCGGACUAGCCUAAUAUUAAAAAAAAAAUAAAUAAAUAAAAGUGAAAACUUGUGUUAUAUACUGUUGGAUAGAAAAUUUCAUUGUGCGUUCAAAAAAAAAAUCCUUUCUAUUUUUUGCAAGUUACCUAUUGAGUUGAAAAAAUGGAAGAGAUGGAAGCUAUAUCAUAUGAAAUUGAUAGAGUUGUUUUAUCAUAUUGUGGUAAUUUCGUUACGAUCGCCCGCGUACUUCAGGAGAUAUUAGCUUUUAAAUAGUGUUAGGGUCGGUCUUGGCCGGUUCACCCAAAACGAAACAACCUCCAUAGCAAACUUCGCUUCGCUCGUAACAAUAUCCAAAUAAUUAUCUAUAAUGAGAAUAAUUUGACACCAGUAUGACAUAAUGUGUAUGGUAUAUUUGAUAAAUUAAGUCAAUUAUAACACGUUAUAGGAAAAUAAAUUAGUCCGUCAUGAAAAACGAAAAAAAUAAAUAAAUAAAUGAAAGAAAAUUAACAAAGUUAGAGAUUACUAUUGGAGGUGGAGUGGUGAGGAAUGUACUGCUACUUCUGGUGGAGAUAAUCAUUGGAGUGGUGAUGGUAUCUUUUUCCAGUCUUCUCCCCACCAACAGCGCAGUCCACGCUUCUAAACUGAUGGGAAGCAGAUAGGAACACAAAAGAGGGCGUUGGUCGUAAAGUUAAUUUUACACCACAUGACAAAAGCGCGCGUCUGGUCAGUCAGUCAACACAGCAGCAGUAGUGUGUGUGCACGUAUAACAAGUUUCAACUGUCCCAAAGUGAACUACGUGUCCGUAGCGUCAGUGACUAGCAUUGAUGUAAAUUAGAAAACUCAGCGCGUUCUCUUGAACCCAUAAAUGCCUCUUAGAUAAUUAAUGAUGCAAAAGAUCAUACAACAGAGGAGCACGAUAAUACAACUACAAGUCACAAUGCAAAAAGUGGAGACACAAAUAAAUUUAACUACAUCUUGAAUAAGGAUAAAAGAAAGCUAUUUGAUAAAAAAAAAAAAAUCAAAACGCUCUUAUUGAUAAAAAGACGAUUUGUUUAAUAUAUAUGGAUGAAAAUUAUAAUAGAACUGGGCCAUAGAUCACUCAGCUAGCAAAAAUAUAGACACUGGCAACAAACAUAGGGCAUCCUAUAGCACAUUCGGGCACCUUGCAGCAGUCAAAGGGACUCCUGCCAUCAAAGACGAGACACUGAACUCAAAGGAUAUCCUAACAGUAAACACAGGAUACCAAUCUACAUGGGACAUACUGAAAUCAAAGGACACCUUGUCAGCAAACACAAGACACCUGCCAGUAAAUCAAUCAAAGUGCCAGUAAACAAGGAGUAUCCUGCCAGUAAAUCCUGUCAGUAAAUCCUGCUAGUAAAGUAAACAAGGGGCACCCUGCCAGUCAGCCAAACAUCCUGUCAACAAACAAGAGGCACCCUGCCAACAAACAAGGCAUACUUUAUCCCCCCUAAAAAAAAACCCUAACAGCAAACCAAACACCUUGUGCCAGUAAACAAGGGGCAGCCUGCUAGUAAAUAAGAGGCAUCCUGACAAUAAACAAGGGACAUCCUGCCAACAAGCAAGGGACACCCUCCCAGCAACCCAAACACCCUGCCAAUAAGCAGGAGAUACCGUGCCAGCCAACCAAACACCCUGCCAGUAAACAAGAGGCACCUUGCCAGUAAACAAGAAGCACCCUGCCAACAAACAAGGUACACCCUGCUAGCAAAGUAAACAUCCUGUCAACAAACAAGGGAUAUCCUUACAAGAAACCAAACACCUUACUAAUAAACAAGAGAAUCCUUGCCACCUAACCUAACACCCUGCCAAUAAACAAGGGACACCCUGCCACCAAACUAAACACCGUGCCAGCAAACCAAACACCCUGCCGACAAAUACAAGACACCCUGCCAACAAAUAAGGGGCACCCUGUGAGCAAAUCAAAUACCCUAUCAGUAAUUAUGGGGCACCUUCCCAACUAACAAGGGACACCAUGCCAGUAAAUCAAACACCGUGCCAGUAAACAACGGACACCGUGCCACCAAAACAAAUACCCUAUCAGUAAUCAAGGGGCACCCUGCCAAUAUACAAGAUAUACCUUACCAGUAAAAAAGGGACAUCCUGUUAGCAAACCAGGUACCUCAUCAGUAAUUAAGGGACACCAACAAACAAGGGACUGCCAACAAACUAAACACCUUGCCAGUAAACAAGGAUCACUCUACCAGUAAACAAGGGGCACCCUGGGAGUAAACAAGGAACACCUUGCCAGUAAACAAAGGAAACUGUGCGAGCAGGCACAUCACACCCUUUCUUUUAAAACUUGACACACUGCAGUGAACACGGGAAGCACCACUAAGAAGUAACGUUGCCAUCAAAAAGGACCUGCCGACGACAAACACAGCAUUCUCAAAUCACAGAACACAGAAGUAAAUACAAAACACCCAGUUAACAAACAAAGGACACCCCACCAUCAAAUACAAACAUCUUACCACGAGAUUAAAGCACUAUCAGGGACGAUGCACUGCCUGAAGUCCUCCUCUCCUUCGCCGUCUGCCAAAAUUCAACAGAAUAGUCUCGGGGGUGAGUUCCACCUCAUGAUCGCCCGUCCUUUCACAUCGGCUCGAGACACAUCUCUCCUGCAGGUCUCUAAUGAAGCAACAGACACCGAUAGUGACUUCUCUCCUAACACGUCGAAGAUCCCCAGACUGAAGGUGGUGCAGUCGACCCCAAAGUCUGCUUCUUAUUCCCAUGACUGCGAGUGUUCCACGCAUGGGAACAGAGCAGAGACACAGCGGCAAAACGAGACGCCUCAAGAGAACGACAAGAACGCGGGCCGCCCCCUGUGGUAUCUGACGCGACACACAGCCGCGAUCCUCCUCCUCCAGGGAAUUUUUCUCCUUCUCUUCAUAAUCUUCGUUAGGUACGGAGAAGCUGCAGACGCCUCCCACGGUUUGAACAACCAUUACCCUAUUAUGGGUGGCAGCGUUCCUGGAGAUAACCCCAGCCUUCACCUCCAUCACAAUGUCCUGGGCACAGUCGUUAUGCUGGUGGGUCUCGGGAUGCGGGUAACCGGAGCGCCGGGACACCUGCUCUCCGGUGUGGGGUGGACGCUGCUGCUGGCAGGGCUGGCGUUACAGUGGGCCGUGCUGUGUCGAGGCUUCCUGGACGGCGAUGAUAAUCCUGUGGAUCUUGACGUGACCAGAGUGUUGGAGGCCGAGUUGGUCAGCAUUGGCACGUGCAUUGCUCAAGGCGCUGUGGUGGGAGUUGCCUCACCGCUGCAGAUGCUGGUGCUCAUGAUGGUCCACGUACCCCUCCAUCUCCUUAACCACCACCUCGCCUUCACAGUCUUCAAGAGUGUGGACCUUGGAGGAUGCGUCAGUAUCCACGUCUUCGGCUCAGUGUUUGGGAUGGCAACGUCGCGAGCCUUGUCCAGACAUUCUCCUGAUACAUCACCUAAACCCUCCAGCGCCUCGCAAGUGACUGCCCUCGUAGGCACUGUGGUGGUGGUGGUGUCCAUGGUGGAAAUGUGGCUGUGGCGUACGACUGGUGACGACCAUAACCGUGCGCUGGUAAACACGUUCCUGUCCCUCGCUGCUGCUGUCCCCGCGUCCUUCGUUGUAUCAUCAGUUGCCCAUCCAAGGAGGAAGUUUUCAGUGAGUGACGUGCAGAGCGGCAUGCUGGGCGCGGCCGUGGCAGUGAGUGCCGUAGUGAACUUGAUGUUGCUACCUUACGGGGCACUUCUGCUGGGGGCGGUUGUGGGCGCUGCUUGUGUGCUGGCCCGCUGCUAUCUCACGCCUCUGGCAGAGCGGCGUCUGGGUGUGGGUGACGUGUUCGGCGUGGGCGUGGCACAUGGUUUGGCUGGGGUGCUGGGAGGUGUGGUGGGCGUGGUGAUGGCGGCGUGUGCAACCGACGACGGUAUCUACGGCUACAGCGUAUACGACAUCUACACUGCCAUGGCGCCCCGCAAGGAGGACUACAAGUUUAAGGAAGUAACAAGCUACUACAUGGCAUCCCCUGGAGAAGGCCGGUCAGCACUGGUGCAAGCGGCCCACCAGCUAGCCUCCCUGCUCGCCGCCCUCGCCCUCGCCCUCGUCAGCGGCACACUCACAGGCCUGGUGCUGCGUCUGCCAGGCUGCGGUGAUGCAACUCAGCGGGAUAGCCGGUACUGGCAGCUUCCCGCCCACAUCCACACCCACAGUCACGCCCACGCCCACACCUGCCGCCACCACCACCACGCCCAGCACCACCACACCCGCCAUCACAGUCCUCCGCAGCCCCUCACCCAUCACUCCCUGCACCAUCACCAGAUUAACCCCACCCAUGGCCACCACCACCACCACACCCCCGGCUAUCACCACCACUAUCACGCCCACCACCAUCCCAGUAAUAUAAUGGUGUGAAUUUUCAGCUAAAAUAUGUCUUUCUUUUCUUUUUUUUUUUUUUUUCUUUUUAGUUUUAAGUCUUAAUAUGAGAUUAGAAGAAAGGAUAGUAAACAGAAGUAUAAGAUUAAGAAAACUGAAGCUAGAAUUAUACGCACAGGUACUCUUAAGAUGGGCCCGUAUUCUAAAACGCUUUGCUAUCUCAACAUGACUAUUUUCAAAGGCAACAGAGAUGACUAACCCGGUUCUCAUGGGUGUUUUCCCUGUUAAUAAUGUAGAAAUCUUGCAUGUAUGUCACUAGAACCGUAAUAUGCCCUUAAAAACCUGUGUAAGUUUAAGUCUAGCUUUUCAAAUUAGUCGGGGUGCAGAACAGAACUGUUUCAGAAUAUGGUCCAUAAUAGUCUGCUUAGACGUUGCUGCCUGGGAGAAGUAUAAUAAGACGUUAAAACUAGCGUGUGGAUACAUGUUACUAUUACUGUUACUGUUGUUCCUAGUGUAUAGCUAUCCAGAAGGUUUACAGACUCGUUGUUGAUUGUAAACUGUCCGGCAUCUAGCUUUUAUUUUUAUUUUCAUAUAUUUAUUAUUUUUUUUUUAUUAAUAUUUGUUACUCAAAAUUUUAUGUAGCACAUGCGUGCAUUAGAAUGUGCAGUGUGUGGGCACGUAUGUAUCGGUGCACAUGUGUAGUGAAUGGUGUCAGGACGUGGAUCACAAUAUUAUGUCUUAAUUGUCGAGUUUGAGGUCCGUUAACAAUAAAACUGCAAACUCCG